AGAGAGCCCCUGCAAGUUGUUGCUGAUGGAGAAUAGCGCUGAAAAAUAUUUUUCUCCCAUGUCCGAGAGUGCAUGGGAUUCCUGUAAUACGCGCACGGGGUGCUAUGAUGACACGUGGGUUCCGUAUUAUUGCGCUGCAGGACCUGAGCACCCUUGCGCAGGUACUUCAGAGAGUACUUCUUGGGUCGAGAAACACCGAGCUUGACCGGACCGACGAUGUUCGGUGGCAAAGCGCAUUAGGCCGUGGCUGUGAAGUAGAGCGACUACAAAGAUACUUCCAGAUCGCAGAUGCGCGCCCAAAAAUCGGCCGUCUCUUCUUUGUUUUUGUGGUCGACGCUACUGUAGCGUUGUGUCCUAAUGUCGGCGCCGCUACAGUGGUGUCCCUUUCCGUGGAGACGUUUAGCUUUCAUUACAUUUUGACCCUCCACACUUCCCUAUCAAAGGAAAAAUAAUAGAGAAGCAACACUUGGCAGGACCGCAGCGUUGUUGGUGAAACUGAGCAGGAUCAGUAUGUUUAUGAGGUCGAGUUGUACGUCGCUAAAAAAACGCCGUUCCCGCCGGCCCGUCAGGUGAGCCGCAGUAAGGCGUUCUAAGAAGUGAGUAAUUACGUCAGCCCCACCUUAGAUGAAAGAGGCUUUGCU